AUGUCCCACGUCCCACCAACCCAGUCCAUUCUCAAUCCAGAAGAACCGAAAGCACCAGCCCCUGCACCUCAGUUCCAGCAAUUCCAAUCUCAAUCCAAAUUACUACCAAUUCCAAUCUCAAUCCAAAUCGAAGAGAGACCAAGAGUUCGAAGAAGGUCUGAACCGCUUACGCAAAGAGUAUGCUACAGCUCCAACCCUUGGUUGUUCCAGCAAUUCCAAUCUCAAUCCAAAUUACUACCAAUCUCAAUACAAAUCGAAGAAGGUCUGAACCGCUUACGCAAAGAGUAUGCCACAGCUCCAAUUGAGAGAAAGUUGUUGCUAAAUUCAGUAAAAAUAAUGUUUAGGUGA